AUGAUAACUUAUCUUAGCUCCGAUUGCAUUAUCUUUGAUUUUCCCUCAGAUAUUCUAUUUUUCGCUCUAAUCUUUCACACACUGCACUAUCUCCACACUCUGCAUAGUACAAGGGGCGCUGUCAGAUUACUGACUACUAUCUAUAACUCCACCUUCUUCUUCCUCCAAUCCACCAAAAAUAUGUCAUGGUUUGGCAGCUCUGAUCCAGUGGCCGAUUUGGAUGCCAAAAUCGAAGAGGCCACAUCGGAAUCAAUUCCCAAUGGCGAGUUAGAUGUCGCUAUCGCUCUAGAGAUCACCGACGAAAUCAGGAGCAAGAAAGUGCAACCGAAGCAGGCAAUGAGAUGUUUGAAGAAAAGACUCACCAAAAUUUACACCAAUCCCAAUUUGCUUGCUUCCACACUCAAAUUGUGUGACAUGUGUGUCAAGAAUGGCGGUAGUCACUUCUUAGUAGAGAUCAACUCCAAGGAAUUCAUUGACUACUUAGUGGAGGUAAUUUUCAAGGUUCACUAUGAUACAAAAAACUAUAGGGUUUAUUCGCAUACAGCCAAAAUGAAGGCAGGAGAACAGAUUUUGACGCUCGUUCAGGAAUGGGCUGCUUACUUUGAGAAGAGUGGCAAGGCUAGUUACUUGGAUCGAGUUCUCACAAACUUGCGCACCCAGGGGUACGAAUUCCCACCACUUGAUCCCCUGAUAAGUUCUGUAGCUGCCAAUUUUGUCGAUUCACAGGCACCGCCGGAUUGGAUCGACGGCAAGGAGUGUAUGAUCUGUUACACUCCGUUUUCUGUAAUGAACAGAAAACAUCACUGUAGAGCAUGUGGUGGAGUGUUUUGUCAGACACACUCUGCCAACAAUAUCCCAUUGGUUUCGUUGGGUAUCUUGCUUCCAGUAAGGGUAUGUGAUGAUUGCAAUCAAAUUCACAAGGGUAGUGGUUCCAAGCAACCAUCCCACCCAAGAAGCCGAGCUGCUUUGCCAAACACACACCCAGGAACUGGCGGGGAGGAUGAUGAUGAUGAAUUGAAGAGAGCCAUUGAACUAAGCUUGCAAGAGUCUCUGGUGCCACAAUCAUUUGCUCGACCUGCAGUUCCGCCUCCUGUUGUCCAAUCUUCCAAUGGUGAUGAAGAUCUCGAUGAAGAUUUGAAGGCCGCAAUCAAGGCCAGUUUGGAAGACUAUCAAGAUGCUGACAGCUCUCCAUUCAAAGACCCACCAGAAGCUGCCGAGGCUAGCCGAGAGCCAAUUCCGAAUUUGUAUCUGAACCUCAUGCCCUUUGAUGCAAAUGCGUAUUCCAACAGCCAAGACCAGCCGUCCUACAAUUCUUCGACAUAUGAUCGUCAACCUUCUCAAAGUAACGAGUAUAACGCAGCACAAUUUUCUCCCCAUACACAACAAUCGAUAACGCGUCAGGUUGCCCCACCGAAGCCAGAGAAAUUGACAGAACAAGAUGAAGAGAACAUCAAUUUAUUUGUUCAGCUCAUGAACGGUAUAAAGAAUGAUCGUUUCAAGCAGGCUAAUAUUCUCAACGACCAGAAUUUAAAUGAUUUACACGGUAAGGUAGUGCGUUUGAAACCCAAACUCAAUCGCUCUCUCAGAGACUCCAUAGACAAGUACGAGUACUUCUUGGAGAUGAACAACAAAAUUAGCACUAUCACGAGACUCUACGAUCAAUUUUUGGAGAACAUGCUCAACAAUGCUUACAGUAGGCACUCCAUUGCUCAACCCUCGAAUUACUACAGCCCCUAUCCUCCAACGUCAGAUCCAGAACUCCAACAGCCCGAGCAUACUGGUGGCAUGAACCGCGAUUACAGGCGCGAAAACCAAUAUCAAUCAACGUACUUCCAAAGCCCGCAAGAAACAGGUCAGCAAACCCAACAUUGGAACCAACAACAUCUACAACGGCAGCAGCUCCAUCAGGAUUCUUCAGAGAGAUUUGUUGGUCAGCAGGAGCUUUAUCCAAAUGGCUCAGGUCAAUUCAUUGAGCAAAAUUCAGAGGAGUCCGUACCUAAUGGAAAACCUCUUCCUUCAAUUGAAAAACACAACACGGCGCCUUACUCUGUCUCCGAAUUGAAUCCCUCUGACAUAAAAAUUGCAGAUUCUGGUAGACAAAGAAGCGAUUCAAUGUAUCCUGUCAACUCAGAAAUGUAUCCGAAGCUUCCAAGUCCCACAUAUGGUUUACCAGAAAGCAAUAACAUCCCUACUAAUUACACUGGUUCGUAUCCACAAGAGCCUUCAAGCCCUCCGGACGAGGACAGCGAUGUUGAUGAAACUGAGAGCGUAUCCAGUCGAUUCCCUCCGCUUGAGAAUCAAUAUGAAGCGGACGAACCCACCGAGCCCGCUGCGCGAGAACAUGCAUCAAUGCGUUUCCCUAGCUUAAAUCGUAUAGAGCAGGUUCAAUCUGCGACUGAGACGAGCGGUGUUCCGCUGGCGCCAAAACAGAGGGCAGAGCCUGAACCACUUAUUGAGCUAUAA